CCCACGUCCUUCCGUUGUUGUGACAGAGGGGAAGAGAUGGACGAGGCUCACGAACCACCUGUUAAGGGUGCGAGCGAUCAAGGAAAGGAAUGCUCAUCGUCUCAAGCUGGAAGUGAUGGCGGUGAUGUGAUGGACAGCGACAGCUGCAUCAACAGCAACGAAGAACCCGAUGGCAACAGCAGCGGUAGCAGCAGCAGCGGGGCAAUUAUUCCAGAUGUAGAAGGUGGAUCUUCGGACUAUAUCCGUCUGCUAGACGAGGAGCUUGUAGAGCUGGAAAAGCUGAUCAAGCUUCAAGCACGGAAAGUCGAAGCACUCGAGGAGCUGCGGCGUCAAUGGGUUUCUGGCGAAAGGAAACUUACGAAACAUGUUCCGCCGCUCGGUUCGCUUGGACGCGUCCUUGGCGACGAUGGUCGCGGGGUCCCUGCUCCCGCAUCUGACACGCGCCAAAACACCGGGCUUGGACAUAAAUGGGGGACUUCAACGCCUCCCUCCCAGCUCCCGACCGGAUAUUAUGAGCAGUACAUGACGCCUCACGCCAAGUUCCCGUCGAGCAGCGCCGUAGUCGCCACGGAAAUGUUCUCGUUCCGCUUGAAGGGGGGCUAUUCUUCUAAGAGCCGACGUUCUUUUUCUGGUGGUGGUAGUGGUGGUGGUGUUCGGUCAGGUUUCCUGAACGUGUUCGCGUACCUGCACGCCGACGGGAUGGUGCGCCUUCGCGACACGGACGCGGAAGAGAUCCUCGUCUUCGAUGCGGGGCACGCCCGCAGAGAGGCGUUGCCCUCUUCGACCACUACGGACUCUUCGUCGUCAGCCACCGCCGAUGCUGGAUCUCCGAACGAGGCAGCGGUAUCAGCAGCGGCGGCGGCGGCGGCGGCGGAGGAGGAGACGGAGACGCCAGCGGCCGUAGUAGGCAUGACCGCGGACUCUUCCGAGUCAGGCCCCGUGCUUGUGACGGCCGGCGCAGACGGCACCGCGCGGGUCCACGCUCUGGCGGUCUACUAUCGGGGGAGGCAGGUGGCCGGGGUGGGGGUGAGAGGGGGCCGCAGCGACCACAGCGGCAGGCGGAAGAAGGCAGAGGCCAGCGAUCCCAGCAGCAGCACCUCCAGGAGUGAAGCACCUCGUCGAAGCAGAGGGUCGAGCGAAAAUGAAGGCGAUCACGGCGGGCACGGGGACGGCGGCGGCGAUAGGCUGCACGGGUCCCCGCCGCCACCGCCGGCGACGGCGAUGGGCGUCGGCGUUACCGUGGAGUUCAAGACGUGUCUUGGCUCUGCGUGCCGGGGUACUGACGGUUUGUUGCAGCUCCGGAGCAUGGGGGGUGACGGUGAGACCGUUUCUGUCGGUAACGGUGGCGGCGACCAGGAAACCGCCGGGUCGAUGUCGGGAAGCUUGCCGCCGCAGGGAGAAACGGCGACAGUCAUCACUAGCAUGGACGCGUUCUUCCACCGAUCGCUUGGUACAACGGUUGUGAUCGCCGGGUACUCCUCCGGCGGAGUGAGCUUCUACCAUGCGGGCAACGGGACGGAGCUUGCUUUUAUCGAUACUGGAAGCAGCGCGGUUCUUGCCGUGAAGCGGGGCGGCCAGGCACGCAACAGGGCAAUCGCGUUCACCGUCGGAGAAGACGUACACUUCGCCAGCUCGAGCAAGUUCACGAGGGCGCCGGGUCGCGUGUGUCGAGGGGGUCGCUGGAGCGGCGGCAGCGGCGGAGGCGGCGGCGGCAGUAGAGGCGGAGGGGAACGGGCCGUAGUGACCGCGCUUGCAUUCGACGCCGUGUCUACGGGGGUCCUCUACGUGGGCUUUGGGACCGGAGACGUCAUGGCUUACGACAGCAGGGUUCAAGAGAUGGACAGCUCCUACGCGUGCCUGCCAUCCUACCGGCUCCCGCCGCCGCUCCCGCAGCAGCGUUCCUCGCCACACGCCGACCCAAGCACCUCUACAGCAGCCAGCGACGGCGGAGGCGGCGGUAGUCUGCUCGGAGGGGGGGGAGGAUGGGGGGGGUGCGAUUCGAUUUCCACAGUCCGCGGGUACGCGAUCGUGUCUCACGGUGGCCUGCUGUCGGCGUACAACACAACCGACCAUGCCGGCCGGUUGCUGUUUACGACGCACGCGGCUGCUGCUGCUUUAGCAGAGGGGGCGAGAACGGAGGACCACUGCGGAGCACCCCUGUCUCCCGGCACCGAGAGCAGAAGAAGCGGUGUGGGGGCUGACGCUCUUGCGGCGGCGGCGGAGGAGGCGACCCCUUCUGGUGGGAGGACGUGGUCGGUGAUGUCGUCGGGUAGCGGGGAGGUGCUGGUGGUGGAGGCCUCUCGUUGCUCAGCGGAGGUGGUUGUCCACAAAGCGGUCCUGCCGUACGAGCGGAACGGGCCGGACAUGUCGUGGGUGCGAUUCCCGGUCUUGCUGCUGGGACUGUUGGUCGUGGCGAUCACACAAGUCUACAGCAGGCGAGCGGCAAGCAACGCCGUCGGCAGGACCAGCAGGAACAAGGGGAGGAGCGGCAGCAGGGGAUUGAGAGGUGCCGGCCUCAGCGACGAGGAUGACGAGGGCGGCGGCGGCUUUUCGGCUGACGCCCUGGCGCAGCUUCGGGACGAUCUGAAUGAGAGAACGUCGCGUCGCCGUGACUGGGGAGGUCGCCGGCUAAGGUCCGGCAGGGGGAGUGGCGGAGGCAGCGCUCGAGAACGGCUGUUGUCGUCGUCGUCGUCGUCGUCAUCGCGGUUCCCGGCGUCUCGGCAGGGUUACGGGGACCCUUGGGCGAAUGAGGGCUCCGACUGACUCUAACGACAAUUCGACGGUAUCCGGAAAUGCGAGAAAGCUGACAAAGAAAGGGGGUCAUUGGUGCUCAAUGGUGGAGUGGUCGUGUGAUGAUUUGCGCGUAGUAUGCGGAGGGAGGGGAAACGCGUUGUCGCGUGUGGUCAUUGGCGCUUUUUGGAUGGUGCGUUGUGAUUUUUUUUUUAUUGCACUUGGUUGUUUAUAUGCAUCGGUCGCGGGGGGGAGGAAACGCGUUGUCGGGUGUGACCUCCGGGGCGGGAUUGUCGCGAUCGCCGAAUCCGGAACAGAUUUUGGUCGAGAUCUUGUGUAUAUUAGAAAACUCUUGGGAGAUGACAGGUUCCGAUCUUGGCUUGGCGAGACUUGAUGCGCACAAGAGAUGCCCGGAAUUUCGCUGAGAGAGAGAAAAUUUGCACGUUUUGCGACUCAUCUCUUUUGUGUUUUUUUUUCUUUUUCUGUUCGCGUUUUCGCUAAAUAAGCAAAACAGCACAACCGAAGAAGCAGCAUGUAGCGGUUGUUGUUUUUCGACCUGUGACUUCCAACGAGAUUUUUGCAAUUCUGCUCUCCUUUGUGCAAGCAGAUGCAGCAUAAGGAGCGAAAUAAACGUCACUACAGGCGGCGGUACUGAAAGCUCAUCGCCAACAGCCCUACCACGUAGAGAGCGUCGCAUCGUUCUGGGCAAUGUACGCAGCACCCUGUUGUUGGUGUUGUUGUUGUGUCCUUGUCUUGACUUUAAAAACCCUGAACUGGUUGCAGCUACUUUUUGUCGGACGUGAUUGGAGACUGUUCCUAGGGUCGAGGGACGAAGAAGCGUUACACCAAUGUGAGACGGGACCUAAAACGGGACAAAGGUUUCGA